ACCCGAGAUUGGAGCAGCUGGGUGCAUCAGGCGGACUUAUCCUACGGAAAACGACCCUAUGUAAAAAUGCUGAGCCCAAAUGCAGAAGCGUUUCAGAUAGAAAAUUUACUAGGCCUAAAAACCACAGACAGGACAGAAGAGGAAAUAGUUACAGGAGACACGGUGAGGAACAUAUGUCUUUCGUCCAGUGGCGGCAUACAGUGUAUUCACCCGGCCAGACUGACAGCUCAUGAAUUGUCGGGUAGAGGUGAGAUCAGUGUAGAACUGUGUCACAGUGACCUGUGGCACGCCUUCCACAACCUAGGGACAGAGAUGAUCAUCACAAAAACAGGCAGACGAAUGUUUCCCGCCAUCCGAGUUAGAAUUCAAGGUCUAGAAUCUAACAAACGGUACAAAGUGUAUCUAGAUUUUCAGCAACAGGAUAAACACAAGUACAGAUACGUAUACCACAGUUCAAAGUGGAUGGUAUCAGGUUCCGGGGAGACGAUGGUCCCGAAUCAAGUCCAUCAUCAUCCCGACUCUCCAUUAGAAGCUUCUCAUCUGACGUCACAGGUCGUCUCUUUCGAACGUAUCAAGCUGACUAACAGUGAUAAAACGAGAGCGGGGCAGAUAUCUUUAGUGUCAAUGCAAAAAUUUAUUCCACGAAUACAUGUGGAGAGUGUGCUUAUGGAUCAAACAGACGACCCGAAUGGGAAACAUUUCGUGGCCAUCUUUCCACAAACAUCGUUUAUAGCAGUAACAGCUUACCAAAACCAAGAGAUAACCAGGCUCAAGAUUGCAAGAAACCCAUUCGCUAAAGGAUUUCGUGAAGCCGGUAAAAAUAGAAGUUCAUUAGAAGCUAUGAUGGAAUCCUACGGUCUACAGGUGGACGGUUCGGGUUCGUUUGACAUGAAUUCCUUGUUGGGGCGGAGAAUGCUGAAACGAAGUGCUCACGAGAGAGACGAGACGUACACUACUAAGUCCGAGGGAGAAUGUACGAGUUCCAUCCAUGGUCUCUACCCCUACACAUCAUAUAUACCGCGGCCAACACCCGUAAUCAACAUGGAUUCAUCUUUGACGUUGCCAGGUUAUAAUAUCAAGGUCGAGGCUCCUGACAUGUACUCAUCAGAUACUUUUAUUUGUCAUCAAACAGACGAGUCAUGUAUGUGUCAUCGACAUAUGUUAACUCACCUGGAUCAGUGGAAGUCAUGUGUGUCUUGAUUGUGUCUGAUGAUCACCCAACACAUCCAACUACAUGGCGCAUUGUACUUAUGACAAGCCAUUGUACAUGCCACACUACCGUUGUUUAGGUACGAUCGUGAGAUACGUACUAAUGUGCUACAUCACUGCCCUGGUGUUUAUUAAUAUGCUAUCGUCAUUCCUUAUGACCAUGGUUACUACCCUGGUGAUGAACCUGAACGUGUUACGAAGUGGUCCUGAACUUUACUAACAUCAUUUGAACUAACCUGGUUAUGACGUCGUAUAUAACUAGCUUGGCCUAAGUUUCGUGAACGUUAAAUCAUUAACUUCAGUUUGUCCAUUAGAAAACAUUAGAAAAGGGAAAAUAUUUAAAGUGGUGCUUUCCUAUUGUUUUUUUUAAUGUGAAUUUUCCUUAAAUAAGGAACGUCUGUGAAACGAGGGUCAUGUUAUGUAAUCCUGGUAAUUACAUGUAGUUAACUAUUGUGUUACUUGGUAAUUACUUAAGCAUUGAACUGUUUUUGUAUGGUAUUUAUGAUCUAUUUGAACGACAGAGCUUUGCAAGCAAACAACAUAAUGCGCGCUA